CCCGGCCCUGCUCUCAGUCGGAGCGGAGCGGCUGGCGGAGCGCAGCGGAUCGCCAGGUCAGCCAUGUCAUCCGAGCCGCCUCCACCAGCACAGCCCCCCACUCACCAGGCUUCAGUCGGGCUGCUGGACACCCAACAGGCCCGAAAUCGCUCACCAUCCCCUCUGCGGGGCAACGUGGUCCCGAGCCCGCUGCCCACUCGCCGGACGAGGACCUUCUCAGCGACGGUGCGGGCUUCACAGGGCCCCGUCUACAAAGGAGUCUGCAAAUGCUUCUGUCGAUCCAAGGGCCACGGCUUCAUCACCCCGGCCGACGGCGGCCCAGACAUCUUCCUGCACAUCUCCGACGUGGAAGGGGAGUACGUGCCAGUGGAAGGCGACGAGGUCACCUAUAAGAUGUGCUCCAUCCCGCCCAAGAACGAGAAGCUGCAGGCCGUGGAGGUGGUCAUCACCCACCUGGCGCCGGGCACCAAGCACGAGACCUGGUCCGGCCACGUGGUCAGCUCCUAGGAGAGGCGGAAGCACCCCUCCUCCCCUGCUUGCGGGAGACUCUGGGGGGAGGAGGCCCAGACCGGAGAUGACUUUCUGCCGCUUGAGAUGGGCCUUCAAAGGGGGGAGCACGGCCCCUUUCAAGUGCCUCCUGGAGGAGGGGGUGUGGGGGGCAGGCACGGGGGUGCCCUCGGCCACCAGCACGGCCUCUGACCAUCGCCAGGACCUCUCACCAUCUGAAAAGCAUUAAAAGCAUUGAAAAAGGAGA